GGUAAAGUAACUUAGCUCUGGCGCUAUUUAUGGAGUUGCUAAUUUCGGACAAAAACAAGAAUGCUACGUAUAGCAGCAUUGAAUGAGUCCUCUAAUGAAUCAGAUGAGGCCAGUACCCCAUCACCACCAUCUGCUACCAGAGAAGCACAGGAAUCAGAAGCAUUUGCCCUUUAUAAUAAAGCCCUGACCUUGCAACGCCAAGGUGAACUAACCAAAGCAGAGGAUGUCUUUAAACAACUCUUAAGGACACCACUUUUGUUAGAGGCUCUACCACCAGAAAAUGAAGAUGCUAAUCUUGCCCAGAAUCCUGGGCUUAUGCUCAAGUAUUCCACCUAUAAAAACAUUGGAGGGAUGGCAGCAAACAAUGGGAACCACCAUGCCGCCAUGGAGGCCUACUUGGAGGCUGCACUGUUAGAUUCUAGUGAUGUGACUUUAUGGUUCAAGAUAGGAACAACUGCAUUAAAGCUCCACCAUGUUCCCUUGGCAAGACACGGGUUUGAACAGGCACUGGAGUGUAACCCCAACCACUGGCCCAGCUUGGACCACAUCUGUACUGUAUUGUAUGCUGUCAAUGAUUAUACCAAUUGCCUGUACUACAUAUCCAAGGCUUUAGAAAAAGAUAGUGGCUAUACAAAAGGCUUAGCACUGAGAGAGAAAAUGUUUUCUGAGCAGCCUUCCUUGGAGAGGGACACUGCACACAUGUUUCAGUUUUGUGACCAGAGUAUUUAUACUACAAAGGUGGAUACUGGAGAAACUUUGACUUACAUCAGUGAAGCUCUUGCAAUGCGACAGAUGAAGCAGCAGAUGGGGAAACAGCCAGAGCUCCCCAUCCUUUCUUUUGUAAAACCUCUGACAAGCUUCAAGUGGAAGUGUCUUGGAGAAUGCCUGAUUGCUCUUUAUGAUGAUAUUCAGAAGUCAGACAUGCCAGUAAAAAUCGGCUGCAGAAUUGACUUGUCUACGUAUGCUGCUAUGAGUCCAACAGUUGACAUUCCAAUUCCUAUGGAAACGUCGCCCACACCUCUUGCUCCAGAGAUACAAACCUCUGAGGGUAUUACUGUGACUGCUGGAGGUACAGCAACGGUUACAACACCAGUGGUAUCACAACCAACCAUAGCUACAGCAGCAGUUACUCCAGUAGCCACAACAACACCUGUGUUCAGUGAAAAGCAGGAAGUCACUGUGCCUAAAUCAGCAGAUAGUGGAGAGGGUCAAAACAAAAGGGGGCGUAAGAGGAAAGCUACACUAUUGGAAGAUGACUUCUCUGUGAAGAGGAGAUCUGCCAGGGUGAGGAACACAAACAAAAAGAAGGAAGAAGAGAGUAUCAAUUACCAGGAACUGCUUCAGAGUUUCUUACCAUCAAGUUUGUUGAAAGUUAGAGUGGAAGAAGAUGAGGAAAGCAAGGAGAAAUCCUCAGAAGAGGAACAACCUGAGCCACAUGUAAUUGACCCUGGGACACCAGUAGAAGGUCGUCCCAGGCUCCCUUCUGACACAGUUCCUCUGAACUGCAAAGAAAACCUGGAAGUUCAUGAACUCCUUGCAAGAAGUCAACGGAAUGGUGGCAUUCUGGAACUCAUGAACAAGUACUUGAUAUGUUUGUCAGAAAGGGCACACCUGAAAUGGUGUGACGGCUUAACAGAGAUCUACUUGGAAGUCUACCAAAGAUAUAGGAAACACUUUGUUUAUCCAUCAUUUCUGUGCAAAGAUGUGACAGAUAAAAGAAUUGCUGAAAUGGCAUUGAUGUGUCUAGUAUGGGCAGAGUUAAAACUAGACAAGUGGCUAAGCAACAAAUCCAUGGUUUCAUCCCCUAUGAAGUAUUUGACCUUGGGUCCAGAAUUCCCAGGAAAGUUCUUCAAAGAAGAUCUGAGUUACUUGGUGGGUUUGUCUGCUUUUCAUGAUAUUAUGGAGGAUUUUUGGCAAGAGUACUGUGUUAGAGUGUACUGGUUAAAGGCAAGAUUUUUGGUGCUACAGACAGAAAUGGAUCUGGCUGUGGAAUUUUUUAAAAGGGCCUCUGACUACCUGAGCUAUGAGCAAGACCCAGGCUCUCCACAGAUGACUGUCAAGUUAGUCAACUGCAGAACAGAUAAUGUUAUCACCAAAGGCAAUGUAAAUAAACAACUUGAAUCCUUACAACGAUGCCAGUCACUGGAGGAAGUUCAGAAGUUAUAUGAGAAAGGCAGCUAUGAGCGCGUUGUGGACUUACUGCUGCAGACAUUUUCACAAAGCAAAGAGAAGGUGACAGGUCUAGUUGUUGCAGAAAGACAUCUCCAGUUACUUCUGCUUCUGGACUCUUUAAUCAAACUGAAGGAUUUUAAGAGAUGUGUGUUAUGGGGUGAGGUAUCCCUGAAUGAAGCUCUUCAACAGUAUCUCUCAGUGGGGAGCAGCUCUAUCAAAGAGGAGUGGGCCACUACAAUGACUCAGCUAUUCAAGAGCUUAGACUUAUGCCUGUCAAAAGAUGUGACCACAUUAAGUAACUUGCCUUCCAAGAAUCUUGUCCGCCUGUCACAAAAUGUGAUCCGUGUGAUAGAAAUCAAUAUGGAUGUCAGUGAUUCUGUGCCUGAGAUGCCAAUCAACACGGUUAUGCCCUGGAGGGUUCUCUAUAGGAUGAUUGAACAUGAGGAGAAGAAGCUCCAGUCUAUGAGCAUGCAGCCAGAGGAGCACCAGGGGGUCAUGGGGGACUGCAUGCCAUCCUCUCUCAUGCUGCUCACUGUGGCACAUGAAUAUUUAGGAAGGAAAUGCUGGUGCACAAAAUCAGAUGGUGCUUUACUGAUGUUCUUUAUUGAUGUAAUCAAAAGUAGACUAAAAGAAAAUGGCUCAGAACGCUCUCGGGCGUACAAAGAAGAGUUAGAUCACGCCAUUGAGCAGUGUUUCUACUGUCUGUAUGGACAUCCAAACAAGAGAACCAAAGCUAAGCAUCUGCAAGAUCACAAUGCCCCACAGGUAACCUUGAGCUGGGAAAGAGCAGUAGUUUUAUUUGAUUACUUCAAACCUAAGACCAUGCCAGAAUUUGACAGCUACAGGACAAGUGCUGUGUCAGCUGAGUUGGAGCACCUUCUCAGAAGAAUUUCAAUGUUAGUGCCACAACAGGAGAAUCAAACCCUGACAAUAGACAGUCUGACUGCUUACAUUGAGGGGACAUCUAGCCAAGUACCUGCCAUCCCUGAAGACAAAGUGAAGAAAAUGCCUGUAGUGAAUGAAAUAUACUACUUGCUAGCUGAUUACUAUUUCAAAAACAAGGAACAGGGCAAAGCCAUCAAGUUUUAUAUGCAUGACAUCUGUGUGAAUCCUGACCGUUUUGACUCCUGGGCAGGCAUGGCCCUGGCAAGAAUGAGUCGUCUAGAACAGAAACUCAACUCUUGUGAACUGAAGAAUGAGGGACCUAUUCACAAACAUGCCAUAAGUGCUCUUCGCUGCUUCAAACGGUCAUGUGAGCUGGACGACUCCAAUGCCAAGCUCUGGGUUGAGUAUGGCUCCCUGGCAUACCAGCUCCACUCGCAUGCAUCAAGGCAACUUAAACAGCACCCAAUCCAUCCACUGAAUGAUGAGGCCUUGCAGAUUGCCCAGAGCAGCAAGAUUGAGAUGCUGCGUAUUGCCCAGGACUGUUAUACCAAUGCCAGCAAGUGUGAGGCAGAGGACAGCGAGGAAGAGCUCUGGCUUCAUCACUACAUGCUAGGGAAGGUGGCGGAGAAGAUGAGGAAGCCACCCAAGGAUUAUCUUGACCAUUAUAAGCAGGCAGCCAUAUUCCUGCAUGAAGACAAGGCCAGGUAUCCCAAGAAAAUCAAUUACAUUGUCAGCCCCCCACACCUGGCUGUGGAAGCUUUGGAGGUGUUUUACCGCAUACACUCCAGCAUGCUGAAGUUCUUGGAGAGAGAAGCCAGUGAGGUGGACUACAGUUUAUUUUCACAGUACAUCACGGAGGCCAAGGAAAGUCCAUUUGCCAAAGCUCAGGAGAAGAAAACAGAGAGAAAGGACAGCUCUAGGGAGAGCAUAUCAGGCAUAUCUGAGGAUGAGACCUCCAACUCGAACCUCCAGCCAACUGCCACCAAAUCCAAGCCCUCGGUUCACGUGACUCCUCUGGACCACAACUACUCCAGACAGCGCAGUCAGACAGAGAGUGAGAUGUCAGCUGAUGAUACGUCUAGAGAUAUUUACUCUUCUGCUGAGUCCAUAAAUAUAGAAAACACAAAUAACAUGACAAGCAAACACAUGGAAGUGCAGAAUGUUGAACCAAACCAAGCAUCCAAGUCCACUUCUGCUAUUGGAAGUGCUGACACCACUAUGCCAGAUGCAUCUAUGCCAAAGGACGAUUUAGCAGUCAGCGAGGAAAAGAUAUCGGAUACUGAGCCUGACCCAAAGGCCUCACCCUCAAUAGAACAGCAGUAUACUGAAAAUGGUACUGCGACUAGUUCUGUCUCCUUGGAUCAGAAAGAAAACAUUCAGUCCACAUUAGAAAACCCUCUAAAGCCACCAGAGACCACAGAGAUAAAGAUGGACGAAGAUGUUCAGCCAGAAACAGCAAGUCAAACAUCAGAUGUAGAGAUGACAGAAUCUUCUGUGAAAGAUGAGGAGAAGGUGGACAGUGAAGAAGAGAUCAUGGAUAUUUUGACCACUGAUCUGAGUGACCCUACAUGCAUGGAGACCAUAGAGCUGGAGGUUGCUAUAGGCUCUCAUGGGGAAGUCAAGGUUUUGGUGAAAGACCAUGCUGAUCCUGUUGAAGUUACUCUUACUGAAGUGGAUGCUGUUAAAGCUAAAGAGAUUCCAGGAGAUGGAGCUGUUGGUUGCUCUGGUUCUGUGGAAUUUUCCAGUGUAGAAAAAUCUGUAGAUGCUGACCAAACAGAUGUUAAUAACCAGCCUGAUAGUAAAGAAACAGUGGAAUUAAGACAUGAAAAGAAUGACAGUGAAACAAAACAAGCAGACGAGGUAUUCAACACAGAAUUAAGUGAAACAGAAAUGAAGGAAGAUGCUGCAAACUCUGGUACAGAGGUCUUGACAAGAUCAACUGAAACUGUAUCAGAACCAAUAAAAGAUGAAAGUUCUGCAAGUGAACAAGCAGUCUUGAGCAUAAAGGAUGCUGUAGACAGUGCUCUAAAAGGUACUACGCCAGCAUCAUUGAAUGUAGACAGAUCUGUUAGUGGUUCUGAACUAAGUAAAACUGAGUCAAGACUACAUAAAGAUACAAAGCCAGAAAGUUCAAAUGGUGAAGGAGACUCAGUGGAAGCCAAAUCCAAGUUGUUAGAAAGUGCUAGUAGUAAAACUGAGACUAAGUCUAAAGAAGAGGAAACAAAGGCCAAUGAACAACAAAGUAGUCAUAAGGAGAAAGGUGAUGAUUUGGAAAUUCUGGAAGAAUUGGAUGAGGUGACAGGUAUGAUGGUCAGGAAGUUUAUAAAGGCUGGAGAUAUGGUCAAAAGUGAGCCCUUGAAGAGAGAGCAGACCCCAGUGACUAAGGAAACCACAGGAAGUAAGGAUAAGACAUCAGACAAGAAGAGUAGUGAGAGUGAAAAUCAAAAUGGCACUUGCAGCAAAAAAGAUGAUAAUAGUGAAGAGAAAAACUCAGAAACUGGUGGAAUCCAACCAGAUCCGAAGCGAAAGGAAUUGAUGUCUGCCUGUAUGCAGGGUUUACAUGUGUGUUUAUCCAGGUUCCCACAGCACUACAAGUCCAUCUACAGGCUGGCCCACAUCUACUAUACCUCACCUGCAUUCAAGGACCCCAGAAAAACGAGGGAUCUUUUACUUGGACCUAAUGGUAAAUGGGAGCAAUGUGAACACAUGCCUUGUCAGGGACUGUUCCAGGAGAGAAAACACACUAACUUUUUUAAUGGUAUUUGGAGGAUACCUAUAGAAGAGAUAGACCGGUCUGGCAGCUUUGCCUCUCACAUGUACCACUGUAUUGUGCUCCUGGUCAAUGUUCUGCGAGAUCUCCAGGAUGCUGCCACUCUAUUUUACCUGUCUCAACAGCUACACAGGACACCAGAGAGCCAAAAGAAAUACUUGCGUGACACUGAGCGUGUGCACCUUGCCAGGACAGCCUAUGGCUACUGCCUGGAUGCCUACAAUGAACAGGUUCCUAAACAUAGUGUCCAAGAUCCCUCCAACUCUGAGGAGGAAGCGGUGAGAUUCAUCCUGGUGAUCCACCGUGUAUAUCAGUAUGGCCUGAGGCAGCUGGUUUGGGACACUGAAAAGGCUGGAAGACUGUUGGCCAAGGCCUUCAAAGUUUGCGGCAACCAACAGUUAGAAGAUGGCCAAGAUGCACUUCAGCAAGCCGUCAAAUUUUGUGCACAGCAGCUUGCGAGCAAACCAGCACAGAGCUCCAGUGGAAUUCAGUCUCCAGCACGUAGUUCUGAUUCGGCCUCGAACCAGAAACCAGACACCCCCGGAAGAAGUAAGAGAGAGCUGACAUUCAGUUAUGGAACCCCAACUGAAAAAGAGAGCCCUCUCAAGAAAAACGAAAAGGAGACAGAGAGCCAGACAGAGCCAAUAGAUUUGAGUCAAACACCGAGCAAAACACAAACAGCAGAUGAACAGAGACCACAGACUCCUUCAUCUCCACUAAGCAACCUGAAGCAAGCCAUCAAGACAUUGCCUCAACCUUCUAAGCUGUCUAACCAAGGUUCAAAGCCUACCACUCACCAUCCUCUCAGUAUGGCUUCCAUAUUGGCCAAAAAACAAAGCCCAAAAUCCAGCGGAGCAGUUAAAUUAGUUGACCAAGAACCACCAAAGAUAGGAACGAAAUCAGCAUUUGACUCAGUUCAAAUUGCUCCAAGCCAGGCCACCAAAUCAGCUGAAAGUCCAGUCAAAAUGAGCUCCAUACUAAGUUCUGCAGCAAAUGUUGUUAGAAUGGCCCCAUCAAUGGUUGCAGCAAAUCCAUCUCUUAAAUUAUCAGAGAUAAGUCAGCAUCAUAAAGCAACGGUUAGUCAAAAAAUGCCAUCACCACAUCAAACUCAACCAAGUGGCAGUGGAUCCAAGACCCUAUCAACUGUUACCACUGUGGAUUAUGGCCACGUUUCAGCUUCAAAGCCAUACAUUCAAAAUGUCAGAGUGUCAGGCCCUAGUGUCCUCCCAGUCCAAACCAGCAGAGAAGGAUUUAAAGAGGGGUUCAGUCAAUCCCUGCAUCAUCUAAUUACCAAAGCAUUGCUGUCAGAGCCACCCGCUGCUCCAACAAAGCAGCAACACCUGGCAGCUCCACCUGCAGGACAGGGCAGUAGGAGUACCCCUCAGACCCAGGCUACACCCCUCAUAAAUACACCAAGUUCUGUGCCCACCAUGGCUGUCCCUGUACGCCACACGGUACCACCUCAGACCCCGCAAUCCACAGAGCCCGAGGUGAUCACCCUGUCCUCAGACAGUGAAGGUUGACUCUGAAAGACAUUCCAGCAUAAAGUCCAGGAAUUAUUAUGUAUAUAUUAUAUGCCUAAGGCAUAACAGUUCAUUUAACAUAUUGAGAAGAUUUGGAACUCUGUACAGCUUGAAUAUUACAUGGAAUAUGAAAUUUUUGCCUUUUUUAAAUAAAGCCUUUUUAAAGAUUGAAUAGAAUGCAAGUGGUUACUGAUAUGUUUUUCUGGUAAGAGGGCAGAGUAAUUACAAUAAUUUGUAAACUUAAAAGAAGUUUGAGAGAACAGUUUCAUUAGCUCUGUAUGUAUCAA